AUGAGAUUUGGCGGGCGUCCACGAAGCUGCUGUGUGCGCAUUAACACCGCCCAAUUGGUGAAGUCAGCUGUUUUGAAUGCCUAUCAAAUUACGCUGUCAUGCGAGUUGGAUAAACGCUCACUGGAUGCAAUUGAUGCUCACUGGUGUCAUAUUCACCAGAUCAUAGUAGCAGCAGGAAACUCCUCAUAUGCUAAGUCCAAUCGCCAACCUGGACAUUGGGUCGCUUCACAGUCUCUGGAACUUAUAGAUGCUCGCCGGCAUAUUCCGGCUGGAAACGAACACAAUGAAACUCGCAAAGAGCUCCGGGCAAAACUCCGUGCUAGCCUGAAGAGAGACUGGGAAUCUGGUAGUCUCUACGAGCGUCAAAGAAGGAAGUAA